AUGAACAUCGAAACCGAACGUAACACUCUACGAGAUGAAGUGAAAAAACUCCAGAAUGAACUGCAGUUCGGCAGGGAUCAAAUGAUGCGUAAAAACGACGAAUUCAACGCAGCACUGGAUGACUUGUCCAAUGCACACAGGACGGCUGAAGACGGUCGUGUCAACGCCAUCCAAGAGUUGGAGAGCCGCAAGUUUGAGAUCACUGAUCUGCAGUCUCGUUUGGACAAUGCCGAAGAACGACUCAACACUCUGCAGCAGGAAUAUCUGAAGGCUGAUCGAGAAAGAGACAUGCUAAACGACUCGAUGCGACGAUUCCAGUCGAUCAUCAGUCAUACGGUCAUUUCCGAAACCAGUGUUGUUGAUAUGCAGUCGUUGGAUGUCCACUUACAGAAUGUGAUGAAUCGUAUUGAGAAGCUUGAACGAGAAAGGGUGAGUCUUCAGAACGACUAUCGAGACUCGUUGUCACGCCUCAAACGCAAAACAAGUGACAGUACAAUUGCGGUCACUAAACACGAAACACUCUAUCGUACAAUUGAGGAUCGUGUCGCUGAUGUUGAAGAGGGCAAACGCAACGCCGAAAUCAAGCUCAUUAAAGCCAAGGAAUUGGUAAGCUCACAAGGUGAACAACUGAAACAAUACGAAGAGGAGAGACGUACGAUGAAGUCGAAAAUUAUGAUGUUUGAGAUGGAGGCACGCGGAAAAGAUGCUAAGAUUCGACAUCUCAGUGACUUGAUCAAGACUCUUAAAUCUGAUCUGGAGAAUGCGCGCAGUGAAGUGCAUAACCUUCGCGACCGGGAGGAUCGCUACGAGAUGACCAAGGUUCACGUGGAAAAACAAGUGACUUCGGACGAUUCCGAAGCUCGUCUGAGACAAAUGAUGACUUCGUUCGAGACUGAGCGUCAGGUGAGCGAAUUAACUCAUCGUCAGCUUGGAAUACGUAAAGAAAAUGCAAGCUUGAAGUGGGCAUUUGAGCCCAAUGUGUUGCGAAUUCCGGUGAUUCUGAGUGGUUAUUGCCUCAUAAACAGCGUGAAAGCAUUUCAGGGAUUCAACGACACCGUCCGGAAGCUCACCUCACAGCUCAGCAGUCUUCAGACCAAAAACAGUGAUCUGAAAGACGAUGUUGAUAAGCUGAAACGUGAUCUGUCGGAUGCGGAAAAGACCGAAGCCGAGCUGAGGAGAAACUUCGACGAGAAGAGCCGUGUGGCCAUCGAAGUUCAACAUUUGAAGGAUCAAGUCAGUGCAAAGAAUCGUCUGAUUCCUUUUUUCCGUUGUGAACACCGCUUCUGCAUUUCCAACUAA